UGAUGUGCCAGCAGGUGUAACAAGAGGAAUGUCAAGUUAUUUACUGUCAGCUCCUUGUUACUGACACAUCGGGUCUACUCCUGCUCCAAACACCAGCUCCAGUUGCUUCCACUUUCCCCAGGCACAACCAUGAGUUUGUACAAUAACCGCUAUGGGAGCCCAAGGAGUUUCAGCAGCCACUCUCAUGGGUCCUUAUCUGGCAGGCCUUCUGUGUACCGAAUCAGCACUGGCUUCCAGCCAGCAAUGCAAAGAUCUAACAGUGGCCUCAACCUGUCCCGUAUCACCCCAAGCUCCAGCAGCUUCUUGCUCUCCUCGCUCCCCAACAUGGAGGUGGACCCCCAAAUGCAGCAGCUGAGAAACCAAGAGAAGGAGCAGAUGAAAGGCCUCAACAACCAGUUUGUUAACUUCAUAGACAAGGUACGGGACCUUGAAAAGCAGAACAAGAUUCUGGAGACCCAGCUGGCUCUUCUAAAGGAAAAAGACAAGUACAAAUCCAAUAUUGAUCAGAUCACACAAGCAUCAGCAAACCGGCUAAAACAGCAGAUUGACGGGCUCCUGCAUGAAAAGGAGAAGCUGCAGAUGGAGCUACAGAACAUGCAGGGACUGGUGGAGGAACUGAAGAACAGGUACGAGGAUGACAUUAAUCGACGGAACCAGAUAGAGAAUGACUUUGUACUGACCAAGAAGGACCUGGAUGACGCUUAUCUCCACAAGGUGGACAAUGAAUCCAAGCUGGAGAACCUGACUGAUGAAAUUCAGUACCUAAAGCAGCUGUACGAUGAGGAGCUGAAGGAGCUGGAACAUCAGGCGCACAAUUCCAAGGUCACCGUAGCGAUGGACAACAACCGUGAUCUUCAGAUGAAGCACGUCAUGGAUGAGGUGAAGGCCCAGUACCAAGCAAUGACCCAGAAGAGCCAACAGGAGGCUGAAUACUGGUACAAAUGCAAGAUCGAAGACAUGGAGAAUCAGGCAAAACGAAACAAUGAAGAGCUAAAGUCUCUGAGGAACGAACUGAAUGACAUGAACCGGAUGAUUCAGAGAGCCAGCAGUGACAAUGAGGCACUAAAAAAACAGCGUGCCAACCUGGAAAGUGCUAUAUCUAUGGCAGAGGAGAACGGGGAGGAUGCAAUCCGUAAUGCUAAAUCUCAUAUCCAAGACCUUGAGGAUGCCUUGAAGCAAGCAAAACAGGACAUAGCCCUCAAGGUGCGAGAAUGCCAGGAACUAAUGAACACAAAGCUGGCCUUGGACAUUGAGAUUGCCACUUACAGAAAACUGCUGGAGGGGGAGGAGACCAGGAUGCAAGACCAAAAACCAAAUGUUCAAGCAAAUGCUAUAGACAAACUGGCCAGCACCCUGAACUUUGAGGUCAAAUCCGUCCCCCCAGUCCAGGCGCUACCCAAUCCAAAAAAAGUGGUACUUGUCAAGACUAUCGAAACAGCCAAUGGCAAGCAAGUGUCCGAGGGCACUGAGUACUCUUCACAGUAAGAACCCAAGGUUCUCCCGUGCUGUACUGUGUGUGGUCAUGAUUUCUGGUGCAUGAAUUACUUUAUGGAUAUUUUUUUUUUUUUUAAUGUAAACAAUAUUUUGCCAAAUUGAUCAGAGUCUCUCAUCCUUUGGUCUGGGGCAAAGGAUAAAUAAACCUGAGAUUUGUCCAUAGAUCAUUUCCAUUAGAUCCAUUAAAACCAGACUGCUCCCAGCCCUGGGCUGCUCUCUUCCCAUUGUCUAGCCAAGUGGCUGCACUGAUUUUAGUUGAAACCAGGCUCAAGGCAGUUUCAUAAGCUUCCAGCUAUAGAGGGAGCUCCUGGUCCAUUGAAUUGCUUACACUGCCAUUCCUGUUUCAUAGAAAACAAUUAUAUGUGGAAGCAUGGGGGGCAGGGUGUAUGUUUUUAUAUACACACUUCUAUUCUACAACACAGCAAAAUAUGUUGGCGCUUUACAAUAUUUGAUAAUACUAAUAGCAAAGUCUGACUCUGCUCUGUGGAAAAGUUCAACCCGUUAUGACUUAUUCCCACUGGUGCUUGUCAUGCAGAAUCUGCAUUAAAACAUAAACAAAUAUGUA